AUGAAUAUUUUAAAUUUUAGGUAUUGUUUAUUAAUUUUAUCUUUUAUGUUAUUAGAAAAAGAAUUUUAUAAUCAUAAUGCCUUUACUAGUUUUGAUAAUUUGUAUAUAAUAAAUAAAAAUAAUUCAAAAUAUUAUAUUUUAAAUAAAAAAAAUAAUUAUGCCAAAAAUUUAUAUAUUUUCAACAACCAUAGAAAAUUAAAUGAGGAAAUGCAUAAUGUCAAAGAAAAUAUAGAGAAUGAUAAUGAAGACACAUCAACAAACAAUUUUUCUGAAAAUGAUGAUAAAUACAUAAGCCAGAACAAUUAUAAAGGACCUAAAAAAGAAGAAAAAAAAGAAGAUAAUGAAAUAGAACAAAAGGGGACAACAGAAGUUCAAUCGGAGCUAAAUGAAGUAAAAGAAGUAAAAAAAGAAGAUAACAAAAAGAAAGAAAGUGAAAUAGAUAAAUUAAUAAAUGAUGAUAUAUUAAAUAAGAAAGAGGAAGAAAAAAGAAAUGAAAAAGAAAUAGAAGUGGAAGAAAAAAAAGAAAAUAAAAGUUUAGAAUUAGGAUGUCCUAACAAGUUUAAUUUUUUAGAGGAAGUAUCAUCAGAUGAAACUAAUAAUGUUUUAAGUGAAAACAGUCUGCAAAAUUAUUCAAAAUUUAUUGAAGGGAAAGUUCAAAUUAAUAUGGAAAAUGAAAACUCAAACUACAUAAAAGAACACGGAGAAUUGUUGCAAAAUAAUGAAAUAAAAACUCAACGCAUUUAUGAUGAAAAUGAAAAAAAAGAAAAGGGAAGUAGCCAUAGUAUAUGGAGUAAGUGCAGUAGAAGCUGUAAUGGGGGUUAUACAAUUAAUUCUGAUACAAAAGAAAAAAAAAAUUGUAAUGAGCAACCUUGUAGAAAUUGCUCUUAUAAGAAGAAUAUAAAUUAUAAUGAAGAAUGUUUAAAAUUAUUCCAGAUAAACUAUGAUUAUGUGAAAAGUAAAUUGUUAUGCAAAGAAGCUUGCUUAAAUUAUAAUUUUUGCUCAGAAUUUUCGUAUAAUUAUUCAACAGGAAAAUGUAUUUUGUUAAAUACCGUUGAUGAAUUGUGUGAAAUUAUUAAAGAACAAAAUAAUGAGAUUUAUCCUGCUGAUUAUGAUUUUCAUGUUUGUUCAAAAAAAUUGGAUAGUCAUCAUAAAAAAAACAUAAUUUUAUCAAGUAAUAAUCAAAAAAAGUACAAAAAAAAUGAAUAUUAUUGCAUUUAA